AUUCAGAGUAUUUUCCCGGAUAUACAGAAUAAUUAUUUGAAUCAUGAAUGGCUUAGUCAACGGGCGAUUUUGGCAGCCAAAAACGUUGAUGUUGACGAAAUUAACUUCCAGAUACAACAGUUGUUACCAGGCGAUCUGAUGUCUUUUAAAUCAAUCGAUACUGUUUUUGAUGAAAAUGAAAGUGUAAAUUUUCCGAUUGAAUUUUUAAAUUCAUUAGAUAUCCCUGGAAUGCCACCACAUAAUCUUCGAUUGGUCCCCCUAUUAUUCUCCUCCGUAAUUUGAAUCCACCUCAAUUAUGUAACGGUACGCGUUUGGUCAUCAAAAAGAUCACCAUAAACAUUCUUGAAGCAACCAUUUUGGCUGGGAAGUUUAAAGGAAAAGUAGUCCUGCUGCCACGUAUUCCGAUGAUACCAUCAGAUUCUACCAUACCCUUCAAAAGGCUACAGUUUCCAAUUCGUUUAGCUUUCGCCAUGUCUAUAAAUAAAUCUCAAGGUCAAAAAUUGUCCAUUUGUGGUUUAGAUUUGGAAAAUCCAUGUUUUUCUCAUGGGCAACUAAUGUUGCGUGUUCACGUGCUGGGAAACCGUCGAAUAUAUUUGUGUUAGCUAAAGACAGGUUAACCAAAAACAUUGUGCAUCGAUUGGUGUUAAAUUAAAUUGAAAAUGAAAGUAUUUAUAAUUCAAAAAAAUAGAUAUUAAUGUUUAAAAGUUUAAGACUGUCUGCCUUGCCUACCUCAUUCAUGAGUUUAAGCGUCACAUGUUAUUUACUGUAUUAUACUGUAAUAUACUUAUUUGUUAUAAAAAUAAAUGGAAAUAAUAAAUGUGAUAAAUUUUUA